AUGACACCGCGCCUCCCCCUCCUCCUCGCGCUCCUUACACUAAUUGUCCCCGCCCUCGCAAUCAAAUUUAACCUCCCCGCCUCCCGGUACCCGCAGCCAAAAUGCAUCUGGAACAGCGCGCACACGAACACCCUCGUCAUCGUCACCGCGAACGUCGCGAAGGGCGACAAGCAGCGCGUCGACAUUGAGAUCAUCGACUCCAGCCCGCAGAAGAACGUGUACCUCAGCAAGCGCGGGAUCGAGGGGGAGACGCGUCUAGCGGUGACCACGCAUGUGAAUGGCGAGGUCGGCGUCUGCUUCAAGAACUACCUGGACCAGGACGUAAAGUACCCGGGCAACAUGAACAACCUCACGCGCACUAUUGACCUGGACGUCGACAUUGGCGCCGAUGCCGUGGACUACAAUGCCAUUGCGAACCAGGAAUCCCUCUCAGCCUUGGAGACGGAGAUGCGGAAACUUGAGGGCAUUGUGAAGGAGAUCGUGGACGAGAUGGGCUACUUGAAAAAGCGCGAAGAGCGGUUCACCGACACCAACACGUCGACCAACCGGCGAGUAACGAACUUCGCGUGGUUCACGAUCAUCGCGCUUGCGGCACUGGGUGCAUGGCAGGUGUUGCAUUUGCGCGCGUUUUUCAAGAGGAAAUAUCUCAUUGAUUGA